AAUAUUUGAAGGGUGUUGAGUGACUCUGAACUUAACUACAAUGGACACAGAGGAUUUAACUGUUCAAGUUCUCAACCUUUCUCCAAGGGUGACCAUCACAGACUUGAUUACAUUCUUCUCAUAUUGUGGAACUGUUCACAAUAUCCAGCUCUUGAGAGAUAAACAGCAAUCACCCUAUGCUUUGGUAACUUUUGGGCAGCCUUAUGCUUUCCAAACUGCUCUUCUCCUAGAUGAUGCUGUGUUUGGAGGGAAACCCAUUUGCAUAUUACCUGCAUGUGUUAUAAGAGUUCCUAUUGAAUCAGAUGAAGACAUUGAUGAGUCCCAGACCAAAUCCCAAGGACACAAGAUUUCAGUAAAUAGAACGAUGGAGCAUAUAGCAACAUCAAAAGGCCUUGAAGUAAAGUUGAAAGAAAGCAGGGAUGAGUUGGGGGAGAGCUUGAAGCUUUCGGCCGAGAAAGGAAGAAAGGUGGUAAUUGAACAAGCAAAAUCAGCCAUUUAUGCAGUUGAGUAUGCAGCAGGUCGCAUGGGAAGUGCCAUCAAGAACAACCACUUCAUGUCAAAUGUACUUGACAAAGCCUCAAGAUCUGCCUCAGACUUUGGAAUUAGGAAGAAGCAACCUGUUUGAGCUUAUUCUUCUGUUAUCAAAACGCAAUAGAUAAUUUUACAUAAGCUACCGGAAAUUUGUAACUAAAUUUACAAGAACAAAGCUACCAACCUUGAAUAAGUUGGUAUACAAUUGUUGGCA